AUGAGGACGAAUGAAACUCGUUGUACUGCAGCCGGUUGGAUUAAAACCAUACAGGCUCACUAUGAAAUCGAAUGGGACGUCUAUAAACCGAUCGACCCCAGGAUCGUCGUUUUCAACGCGAGCCACGUUUCAUCCCAAGAAUAUGCCGCUCUGAAAGAGGAUGUGCACUCGGAGUUGGCGAAUCUAUCCUUCCGGCAAUCUUUACUCAUCCCACAAGUCGACACCGCCACCUCGUCCAGCCCAAUUGGCCUACCCGAGACUCAUGCUCUUCCUACGCCUCUGCCGCUCGAGCCUUAUACUCUGAUGGAGGGCCGUCCGGCCUUGCUGCGUUGUUAUUUUCGGUACAUCGAGGAGGCACACGAUAGCCGCCCUCCGGCUCAGAUUGUCUACUGGCUGCGCAACGGCGCUCCACUACCGUCCCCACCAUUUCACGUCAGCAACAUGCGCCAACGCAACGAAGGCAUCUCUGCCCUUUGGGUGAACGCCUACUCCGUUGAACGACCCAGCUCGUUGAAGGAUCAGGCAAAAUGGGCCCGACGAGGUUGUAGCAAGUCGAACCGGUCUUCGGAAUCCAAAGCCAGCGCCAACCCCAGGCCCAUCCCUGGGCUUGGUCCAGAUUCAACGGGCUCGCUCUCGCCGAACCAGACAUUUUCAAGGUCUCCUUCCAAUUUCUACGAUGUCCCUGGCAGAUCGGGCGAGUUGUUGGCCGAUUUUGAGCCGAGACAAAGUGUCCGUGGCCCCGGAGGUGUUGAUGUCGCCAACGCAGCAGUCGGCCUGGAGACUGGGUUCGGCGGUGGCUCCGCUACCACAGCGCAGGUUGGCGUGGGUGAGGAUGCAUCCUUUCGUGGCGAUCAAGGCGAAUAUGACAGGUCACUAGGCGAGGAGAACGAGAAUUGUGCCCCCGAACGAGGCUAUGGGAUGAUGAAGGACAAGCAAAAAGGGAGUUAUUACAACGAAGAGCGUGGUUUUCCAAUGGCCUCAAUUACAUGCGUCGUGGAAAGCCGUGUUCGUCGAGAUCCAGACUACAUCGUCGAGACUAACAAAACGUAA